AUGUCGUCGAACGAGCCUCUCGAGCCGCCGCCGCAUCGCACCGUAUCCGUGACACUUCCUGCUAAAAAGCCGAAGGAGAAGAGCAAAUGGCAAGUAUGGGGAGAAUCGAUGGCAAAUAAAGGUGUUGCAUGGAACGACUGGGCCGCCAAGAAAGUGAAUGGAGCUGUGGAGCGUCUAGGCGGCGAGCGAUUUUGGCCUUCGUCGAAGGACUUUGAGCUCGAAGUCGCCAAGUGCGUUCGUAUACUGCGUACUUUCACGACCGAUGGUAUCGCCGUCAAGGAGGACAAGCUUAAGAAGGUCAAGGUUCUGAAGAAGAUCCCCCCAGAGGUGCUUCGUAAUGCCAAAGGCAUCUGCAUAUACACUUGCAUGAAGUCAGGCAUUCCACCCUUUGGUGGCAUGAAUGGCACAGGCCUCCUGCUCGGUCGUCUCCCUGACGGAUCUUGGUCCGCACCCUCGGCUAUCCUCCCUAACUACUAUUCGACUGGCCUUAUGUUCGGAAUGGAUGUCGUGGAUAUCAUCCUUAUCAUCAAUUCAGAAGAAUUACUUAAAUCGUUCCGCACGCACAAAUUUGCCCUAACUGCUGAAACGGUCACAUCUUCCGGUCCACUCGGCACGCCCGUCAGUGGUGGUCUCGAAUUCAACAAGAAGGUCGCACCCAUUUACUCGUACGUAAAUUCCCGCGGCUUCUAUGCAGGCAUUGAAGUCACAGGACAAGUUUUUCUUGACCGUUUUGACGAAAAUGAACGCGUAUACUACUGGCCUGGCAUCAAGGCUGGUGACAUUCUCGACGGAAAAGUCAAAGUACCUGAAUGCGCUAAGCCUCUUCAUCGUGCUCUUUACGAAGCAGAGAUCGGUAUGGCUCAGGCUGGUGAGCUCGAGCGAACACAGCUGCUCAAGAAUAUACCUUCCAUCAGCGCAGAAAACAUGGACGAAGUGCUCAACUCACUCCAGGAGGGCGAGCAUAUUCUCAUCCCGCCAACCCCUGAGCAGCUCGAUGCUAUGGAGCAUGCAGGCUACAAGGACGAGUAUGAUGAAGCCUUAGAAGAAGAAGAACGCGAGGAGAUCCGAAACCUACCACCACCACCCAGUCAUCCCCUCGCUAGAAAAGGUCAGCGGAAUUCAGCAGAGGGCUCUGACGAUAUCUCCCCUACCAAGCCCCCUAAGAGCGCUGCAAGGCGAUCUAUCCAAAAAGUCGAAACGGUUACAUCAGCACCAGAGGAACCAACCGAAUCGCACGCAAAGGCCAAGAGCGAUCCAGUGGAGGAACCAGCUAAGGUUGAACCCUCGGACGGAAAUAAUUCCGACAUCGAAAAUAAAAAUAUGUAA